AUGGACUCAAUCCUCGAGAAUUACGUCUCCUCGCCCUCGCCUUCGAGAACGCCCGGCUCACCUUCUUCACCUUAUGCUAGAGUAUCACUUGCCAAGACACAACAGCAGCAUCAGCAUCUACUAUUAUCCAAUCAAUUGACUAACGACCAUCGAGACGUGUAUAGGAAAUGUACAAGACACGACGACUCUUUUGUAUUUCAUGCAUAUGUCGCCAAACGUCAACGUCGUGGCUAUAAUCAUGAAGAGAAGUUGAUCACUACUGCUACAAAGCUAUUUGUAACAGAAAAUGUUGAUUGUAGUAAUGAUUUGCCAUUGGAUGAGAGUAAAAUGGAGCUAUCGGACGUCACAAAACGUAAUUUGCAACGGAUAAAACCAUUGUGGAAACAGAAGCGACAGCGAUUUGUUGGUCACACAAACGCAGUGAAUGGAUUACAAUGGCAUCCAAGUAAUCCAGAUUUGUUCUUGUCAGCUUCCAUGGACGCUACUAUGCGUAUUUGGAAAUCUGCACCACAGGAACAGAAUGAAAGGUGUAGGCGUAAGCUGAUGCACCACAGAUUCGGUGUGGCAAACGCUAAGUGGUCACAAAACGGUCAGCAGAUACUUUCGGGUGGGUAUGAUGGAAUGGCGUAUUGUAUUGACGCUGAAACUGGUCAAGUACGGCAAAAGAUUCGACGACCUGAUGUUGGUACGGCUUUGGCCAAUAUUGAGCGCAUUACGACCGUGCACUUUCACCCAACGGAGUCAAACUCGGUCCUUCUUGGAACUGACAAGGGUCAUAUCUACUGUCACGAUCUUCGCUUGAAUAGUUGUGUUACCACGUACUCAAAAUCGUUUGGUGAUGUCCACGACUUGCUUUUUCUCGAUGACAAUGGCCAACGCUUUGUGUCGAGUGCUGGAAUAAGGCAGCGCGAUGCUAGCAAUCAGACCCUGCUGGUUUGGGACUGGCGCUCUGCUACGUUGCUUUAUGACCGUCUCGAUAACAACAUGCUAGCGCAUUCUUGCGUGCGCAAACAUCCAUUUAGGCCGUACUUCGUUGCUCAGUGCAGCGGCAACUAUGCGACACUCUAUUCGCUCCGGGCUCCGUACAAGUGCGUCAAAGGCCCUAGUGUUGGUGGACGUCGUCUUCCUCUUUAUUUUAGAGGCAGCCACGAAGUCGAGGGCUACAGAGUGCAGGGCAGCUUUUCCCGCGACGGCGCAUUAUGGGCAUCAGGAGAUGCUCGCGGGCGCGUGGUACUUUAUCGCGCAUCUGGCGCGCGUGAACAGGUGGAAAGUUUUCAGCUGUAUGGUCGAAGCACUGCUUGCAUUUGUGCGGAAUUCCAACCGUUUUACAAGGAAAGAUCGGAUUUGUUGCUUACCGGUAGUGGGGAUGGUGACAUCGACAUGUUUAGACAAUAA